AAAACCCUGUAAAAUAGUAAUCUGUCAUCGCAGGUCAUGGCGUUUUCAUCACCACGCGCCAGUUCUCUGCUUCUUGGCCAUGGAAGAUGCUCCAGAUUCCUCUGCUCUUCUUCUUCUUCUUCAUUUCCAGACCACAUUAGUUUCAUCAAAGAAGUGGCUGCAACUCAACCUCCUCAGCAUCUGUCUCAGCUAUUAAGAAUGCUCAAUGCAAGAGGUGAAUCCAUUCUUUCUCCUGGAACAAAGCAAGGGCUAAUCCCACUUGCAAUUCCGCUAGCAAAAAGUAGCUCAGGUGCUGUAACUGCAUUGCUCAGAUGGCCAACAGCUCCUGCUAGGAUGGAGAUGCCAGUGGUGGAGGUUCAUAAACAUGGAGUUUGGCUGUUGGCCAAGAAUGUGGACCAGUUUAUACACAGAAUCCUGGUUGAAGAAGAUGCCAAUAGCUGCAAAAAAGGAAGUGAUGAGUUAUUUCAUGCUGCAUUUGAUGCUGGAAAGAAACUUUAUAAAAAGGGAGACUUUUCUAAAUCUCAGAUUACAGAUAUAGACGUCUAUCUUUUAAGAAAGGUUGGUUUAUUUCCUGAUGUCCUAGAGCGCAAAGUGAUGCAGCAUAUUGAGAAAGGGGACCAUGUUUCAGCUUUGGUGACUGGAGAAUUCUACACAAGGAAGGAGCAUUUUCCUGGAUUUGCACGUCCCUUUGUUUUCAAUGCAGAAGUUUUACUGAAGGUUGGGCGUAGUCCAGAAGCUAAAGAUGCUGCAAGGGGGGCUUUAAAAUCCCCAUGGUGGACUCUGGGUUGCAAGUACCGUGAAGUUGCUUGUAUAGCAGAAUGGGAGGAUGAGCAAAUUGAAUAUAUUACAGAAAAAUUGUCAGAAGAGGGAAGGCAAGAAGAUCUAAGCAAGGGAAAGCCACCUGUCCAGAUCGCAUUGGAUGAAGCUGCAUUUUUGUUGGAUUUAGCUUCUGUGGAAGGGACUUGGGAUGACUCUCUGGAGCGGAUUGCUGAAUAUUACAAGGAGGCUGGACUCCAUGAUAUUGCAAGAUUUGUGCUAUACAGAGACUGAUUGUUAGUCUGCCAUGUUUACAUCUUCAAUUUUGACAUUAUUUAAUAAUAAUUUAAGGCAGUUUUGCAAUUGUUGCUCGUGAAAAUGCAAAAUUUUACUAUUAGGUAGUUCAAUUGGUGACGGAUUGGCCUCAUGACUAGUGUGAGCAUGUUUGGCAAGGGUUGCUUUAAAUCACUCAUGGAGAGGAAGAGAUAUGAUUUGCCUUUUUUCACCUUUUCAUUUUUGGUUCAAUUUGUGGAUUAGCCUAUGGGAUUGCCUCUAAAACUGAUAAAGUUUCUCUUCCAUCUA